GUAGCUUGCUUGAACCGAUCCACCGCAGUGCCUAGGACAGAUUGAGUGAAAGAGAGAGUGAGGGAUUUAGAGGAUGGGUAAGGGGGCUUAAGGGGAAACACACACACAGCUGAGAGAGAGAGAGAGAGAGAGAGAGAGAGAGAGAGAGAGAGAGAGACCGCAAAAUCCACCAAGCCUCCCUGGUGUGAGGUUUCUCUGACGGUGUGCGCACGACUUGGAGUUUCUCCCGUGGCAGGUGUUCCUUCUCUUGCACCCGUUCCUCCCUCUCUCUGGCCUCCAGAUGAGUUCGUGCAGCAGUCGUGCCUUGACCAUCCUGUCCACGGUGUUCGGCGCCUGUGGGCUACUGCUGGUGGGGGUGGCCGUGUCCACUGACUACUGGCUGAUCAUGGUGGAGGGCAUUAUCCUGCAGCAGAACCAGAGCAUGGAGGUCAAGAUGGCGCUACACUCAGGCCUCUGGAGGGUCUGCUUCGUGGCUGGAUCAGAAAACGGCAGGUGUGUAGCAUCGGAGUAUUUCACUGAGCCUGAUAUUGAGAUCACCACUGAAAACACAGCAAACAUUCUCAAGAUGGUGCGUACAGCCACACCCUUCCCGAUGGUGUCACUGCUCUUUGUCUUCACGGCCUUCGUCAUCAGUAACAUCGGACACAUCCAGCCCCAGCGCACCAUCCUCGCCUUUGUCUCGGGCAUCUUCUUCAUCCUCUCAGGCCUUAGUCUGGUGGUGGGCCUGGUGCUCUACAUCUCCAGUAUUAAUGAUGAGGUGAUGAACCGGCCCAGGGAGCCCGAGCAGUUCUUCCACUACCACUAUGGCUGGUCCUUCGCCUUCGCUGCCUCUUCCUUCUUACUCAAAGAGGGGGCUGGGGUAAUGUCAGUCUAUCUGUUCAUGAAGCGUUACGCAGAGGAGGAGAUGUACCGCCCCCACCCUGCCCUCUACCGCCCCCGCCUGUCAGAGAGCAGCGACUACAGUGGUCAGUUUCUCCACCCAGAGUCCUCCUGGCCUCCCCCAAAUAGAGGCCGCAGCGCCUCCGAAGCCUCCAGCGACAUCUCCAUCCAGCUCAACCAGACGCCCCCGGCACCUCCCAAAAGCAACCUCCAGGCGGGCGGCCAGGCCGGGAGCAUGGGAGGCCCACCCUCCGGCUCCUCUUCUGGAGCGAGCUACCAAAUGCCCCCACAGUCGGCUGCCUACCCCUCCACACACACCCUGCCCAGGUCACACUCCUCACACCCCCCAGCACAGCCCCUUCCCAUGGCCAUGCCCCCCUCCCCUGUGCCCCCACCACACUAUCAUACACACAUGCACAUGAGCGCCUCCCCCUGUUAG